AUGACCACUGCAGACAUCAACAACGUAAAUAACGACUUCGUUGUCGUCUGGUUAGAUAGUACCAUUGAAAAUAAUAGAGAUGGCCGAAAUACAAAAGCACUAUUACGACAACUGGUUAGAGGCAAUUUAUUAACCUUUGGCGACCCGGAUAAAUGUAUUGAUGACAUAACCGACAAAUCAACAAAACGAAUAUUUCUUAUUGUUUCUAAUGCAUUUGGUCAGCAUGUUAUACCACUUAUACAUGAAUUAUCAAAUAUACAAGCAAUAUACAUAUUUUGUGGUAAUCGAAAAGUAGCAGAAACAUGGGCUGGAUCAUAUACAAAAAUUUCUGGUAUAUUUACAAAAAAACAACCACUUUCACAUAAAGUUUGUGAUGAUAUUAAUUUAUGUGAUAAAGAUGAAGAUUUACCAAUGAGUAUAUUUCAUCUUGCAGAACGAGAAAAUACAUUAAAACAAUUAACAAAAGAAAGUAGAGCAUUUAUGUGGUAUAAAUUAAUAUUGAUAGUUCUUCGAUUAAUGGCAAAAUAUGGUAAUGCAAAAACUGAAAUGAUUGCUGAGUGUCGAACAAGCUACUAUAGUAACCAAAUUGAACAAAAGAAAAUAAAUGAUUUUGAAAAAAAUUAUGAUCCAACGAGAGCAUGUUGGUGGUAUACAAAAGAUAGUUUUGUAUAUCGAUUAUUAAACAAAGCUUUACGUACACAAAAUACUGAAAUUAUAUUUAAAUUUCGAUUUUUUAUUAAUGAUCUUCAUAAUCAAAUUGAACAAUUAUACCAUCAAUAUUUAAAUACUCAUUCUUCUAUGAUUGGUCAUCAUCAUUUAACAGUUUAUCGUGGUCAACGUUUAGGCAUGAAAGAACUAGAUCUACUUAAAAGUAAUGUAAAUGAACUAAUUUCAAUGAAUAGCUUUUUAAGUGCUACAGUGAAUCAAACAGUAGCUACAGUUUUUGCUGAUACAAGUGAUCAAUUGAAUAAACCAUCACCAUUACAAUCUGUUCUUUUUAUCAUUGAUAUUUAUAAUAUGAGUAAAGAAACGACACCAUUUGCAUUUAUACAAAACUAUGCAGCUUGUCCAGAUGAAGAAGAAGUACUUUUCUCUAUGGGUGCUAUUUUUAAAGUUCAAUCAGUUGAGCAACAUGCACACAUGUGGCAUAUUCAUUUACAACUAAGUAAAGAAGAAAACGAAGUUAGUCAAAAUCUUUCGAAACACAUGAUGAAACAAAUUGGACCAGAACCAGAUCCAUUAUCAUUUGGUUGGUUUCUUUUUCGAAUGAAUAAAUUUGAUGAAGCUGAACAUUAUUCAAAAUAUAUGCUUACACAACUUCCGUCAAAUGAUAAAGCAAUUGGAAAUGCUUACAAUUUACUUGGUCUCAUGUAUAAAGCUACUCAUAAAUUAGAGGAAUCUGUUGAAUAUUAUGAAAAAGCUCUUGAGAUUUAUUCUCAAUUGAAUUGUCAUAAUAGUUCUCAAGUUAUUGCUACUCAUUGUAGUCUUGGUUUGGCUUAUUUGGAAUUAGGAGAUAGUCGAAAUGCAGAAGAACAACAGAGACAAGCCGAAGAGAAGCUGUCCAAAUGCUCACAAGCAAACGAUCCAUUACUCAUAGCUACUAUAGAAGGUCUCAAAGCAAAAAUUGAAACAGAAUAUGGUGAUAAUAUAAAUGCUUUAAAAAGUCUUGAAAGAGUUUUAAAGAAUAAACUGCUGCGAUUACCAUCAGUUCAUGCUUCAAUAGCAUCAACAAUGAAUGGAAUAGGUAAUGUUCAAGAAAAAUUGGACAACGAUGUAAAAGCACUUGAAUAUUUUCAAAAAGCAUUGGAAAUUGGUAACGCAAGCUUACCUCCUGGUCAUUUGGAUUUAGUUGAUUAUCAUACGAAUAUUGGUCGUAUUUAUGACAAACAAAAACAAUUUAAAUUUGCUUUAGAACAAUUUGAAUUAGCAUUAAAAAUUAUGGAAGAUUUUCCACGAGAAGAAACUGAUAGAAUUGGAAAGUUAGAAAAGUAUAUAAUUGAAACAAAAAAAAAGUUACGUUGA